UCUCAAAAAAAAGGUACAAAAGAGGAGGAAACAGUUCAAUGAACACACAGUGGUGAAGGCCUGCUGCAGUCUGUAAAUACACUGGCAUCAAAAGCACACAUUAGUUUUCUAAAUCCAACGGCAAAUAUGAGUAUGGAAAAAUAAAUCUUCGCCCCACACCGUGUUUGUUGAAACCUCCUGCAUAAACAUGCAUCUUCACCAGCAUUUCACCCACAUCCUGAAAUAGAUAAAAAGAUGCCCGCGUGGAUUUUGUAAGGUUAUCGGCACUCAUUAUCCAGACAAAACCACAACAACAGUCACUCCACAUGCACUGUGUGCGCACACACACACACACACUUCCCAUAAAAUGUCUCUCUCAUGAUUUUCAUUGCGACUAUAAACAUAUCCACCCCCACACACACACACACAUCAGACACAGCUGUGAGGGAUUCAUAUAAACCAUUCAUGCUGAGGAAAUUGGAAAGGCCUUAGGGGAGGGAGAAAAAGGGAGAGACGGGAAGAGGGAUAUAGACACAUAGAUAUAUAUCUCAGAAGCAGAGGAACUCCCUCCUCGGUCUUUUUCACGAGGCAGAGGACGGACAAAAGAGUGCAGCCAGCAGGCAGGCGUUUGGCACAGCCAGAUCUGUGAUUUGCUGCUCAUUACAGAGAACUGUGCCAUCAUCAUCAUCAUCGUCGGGUUUAGUGAAGAGGGAGAAUUAUAAUCCAGAGAGGUAUUUCUUCAAAGAAGACCAAAGGCGCAAACUAAAGGACAAUAAAGAACAAACAGUCACAGCACGCUUUGUUCGACUCGGGUUAACCAUGCAAGCAGGAGGACAUCGACGGAGCGACUUCACUCUGUUUACACUGGCUCUGCCGGUUCUGCUGGCCGUCUGUGGAGUCCGGGGCUGUCGGAUUGGCUCUGGGUCAGCGUGUGAGAAAGCUCCUCUUGUCCCAGGCCACAAUCUGGCAGGAGAGGGUUUCGACGUGGUGCGGAUGCGUCGGACGGGGGCGUAUGUCAUCAAUGUCAAAGCUCAUCUCGCCGACAACCACACGUGCACUCUGUGUCCAAACCGUUUCCAAAAUGGACAGAUUCAGAGGCUCCCGGCCGCAGUGCUGGACUGGCGUCCCUUCAGCCGCUGCAGUAAGCAGCUCUCUAGUGCCCUUCACCACUCUGUGGAGUCUCUGCUGCGCAGCUCCAACUCCCUGGUCAACAACAACUGGAACCUGGGGUUGAGUCUGGAUAAAUAUGGCACGGCAGUGCUCGGAGGAAGCCGAUCGGACCUGGCAAAGUUUGCUCACUCGCAGCACAGCGUGGACAAGGCCACUUUUGCUAUCCAUGAAAUCAGUUGCACCUACUACAGCUACAGACUGGCCGACCACCCCCAGCUGAGCGCAGAGUUCACAAAACAUCUGAAGAGACUCCCACAGAGUUUAAACACAAGCCAGAGCAGAGCGCUGUACAGGCGGCUGAUAAACACCUAUGGAACACACUACAUAUACCAGGUCCAGCUCGGCGGUAAGGUGAGGCGGAUCACCGCGUUCAGGACCUGCCUGGCGACACUGAAGGGUUUCUCCGAGUCUGAAAUCAACAACUGCCUGAACGCUGAACUCCGAGUAGCUCUGGGUUUCAUCCCCGCGAACGCAACCUUCUCCAACAAGUGUGAAACCCUCCUGAAGGGCAACAUGAGCAUGGGCUUCUACCAAGGCUUCAUGACUCAUAAAAUUGAAGUCAUUGGAGGCGAUAAGUACUUUCCAGACAUCCUCUACCAGCAGGACCCAUCGGACGCAUACUACAGCUGGAUGAACAGCCUCCACGACAGCCCCGAUGUGGUCUCUUACGCCAUCUCUCCUCUGCACCACUUGGUGGAGGACUUGCAGGUCAGUGAUAAUCUGAGAAGCGUCAUUACAGAUUACAUUAAGGAGAACCAGCUGCAGGAACAGUCUGCCUCCAAGAACUGUUCCCCAACUCCCAAUCUGGAUCACAACUGCUGUCCUUUAAGGGCAGGCAGAGGACACCUGAGACUGGAGAUCCACAGAGCUGUAGGUAUGAAGGCAGACACCUUCACAAAAACAGAUGCCUAUGUGAAAAUCUUCUACAACGGCAAGUACGAGGAGACCGACACGGUGAUGGACGAUAACAACCCAGUGUGGAAUGCUACUUAUGACUUUGGUUCAGUCGAGCUGGGCCAGGAGUUGAGGUUUGAAGUCUGGGACAGGGAUGUGCUCUAUAAUGACAUGGCAGGGAUAUGCGUUACGUUUCCCGAGCGAGGAACUCACUCGCUGAGCUGUCAACUGAGCAAGGGAGUUCUCUACUUCACCUACUCCACAAAAUGCGACGCUCACCUGACAGGCUUCAGGUGUGGACGGUACUCCCCCAAUGCGGAAUAAUUGUACCACCACGACCACAUUUAGAAGCCCCAAAGGGCCACGUCCAGACGGAAGCGACACGAAACGCUUUUUUUUUUCUUAUUUAAAAAAAAAAAAAAAAAAAGACUAGCGGCAAAUCUACUGACUUUCUGACAUAAAACUGAAUAUUUUACGAGAAGGAAAGGCACAAUUCUGCCGCAAGAGGGACAUCGAACAUCCAUGUGUGGAUCAAUCACUGAUCGGUUUUGGUUAUUCAAGUCAAGUUUGUUUUCUCCUCUCUAUUUUAUUUUAUUAAAAAUCUCUAAAGACAGGAAGUGUUCUAGGACACGUUAAAAAAAAAUACCAUUCAAGGUCUCCGUGUGGAUGGAACGCCUCUCCGACAAAAACAGUAUGUGCAUUCACCUAAACCUCUUUCCGUGUGGACGGCUCCCCCUUCCAAAGUGUUUUUUCCUUGCAUUUCAACAUCAUCUCUUGUCUGAAGUUGUGUGGUAAUUCACCCUUUAAUAGUAGAUCUCAGUGGACUGAUGUAAAUGUCUUGUAAUGUCUCUAUUAAAUAUUAAAUAGACUUUUUGCACACACUAUAUAUCUAAAUAAAGGCAUUUUGAUUCAGGA